AUGGACAGCACCACCACUGGGAGCCUGAAGGGCCCCAGCUUCAGUCAGCUCUUCAGGAUGGUGAUGAUCUGCACAGUGCUGCUGCAGAUGCUCCUGCAGGCCCUGUCUGUGGCUGUGACUUACGUGUACUUCACCAGCGAGAUAAAGCAGCUGCAGGACAAACACUCCGGAAGUGGAAUAGCCUGCUUCUUGACGGAAGACCCUGACCCCACUGACAAAGAGAUCCUGAACAGAUCCUGCUUGCAAGCGAAGAGGCAGCUGCACCAGCUCAUUGAAAAGGUGACUUGGAGAACCAUUGAGGAAAACUUUCCGGCAGUUCAAGAAAAGCAGCUGAGUGCCCCCCUGCCACCCAGAGUUGGAAGGCCUCAGAGAGUGGCAGCUCACAUUACCGGAAUCAGGCGAAGAAGCACCUCAGCCCUGAUUCGAAUCUCCAAGGACGGAAAGACCUUGGGUCAGAAGAUAGAGAGCUGGGAGUCAUCGAGGAAAGGGCAUUCUUUCCUCAACCACGUGCACCUGAGGAACGGAGAGCUGGUCAUCCAGGAGCAGGGCCUUUAUUACAUCUACUCCCAAACGUACUUCCGAUUUCAGGAGGCUGAAGAAAUGUCCCAGACUGUCUCAAAGGACAGAAAGAGAAACAAACAGUUGGUGCAGUACAUCUACAAAUACACCACCUACCCAGACCCCAUAAUACUGAUGAAGAGUGCCAGGAACAGUUGUUGGUCCAGAGACGCGGAGUACGGUCUCUACUCCAUCUAUCAAGGGGGACUGUUCGAGCUUAAAGAAAAUGACAGAAUCUUUGUCUCCGUGACGAAUGAGCAUCUGAUAGACCUGGACCAAGAAGCCAGUUUUUUUGGAGCCUUCUUAAUUAACUAAAUGACCUGCAAAGAUCAGACACUGUUCUCAAAUGCCCAGUAAUCUAAGUUGAAUACACACCCAGAAAGUGACUGAACUGCUGGGGGCAUGGCUUGGCCGCAGAAGCCUUAGAACACAUGUGACAAAGCAAGGCAGCUAGAAUCAAAAGCCCAGCCACAGACACUUUCGGUGUUUAUGAAAGGGACCUGACUUAUUCCCAAAAUGAAACCACUGUACCCUCUCGGUGUUCUACUUGAUACCGUUUGCAAAGAUCUAGAUGAUGUUCAGUAUCUAGGUAUUUCGUAAUAAUUGACCGGUUUUUUGCCCUUGUUAUCUGGUUCGGGGUGUUCAACCCAGUGCUCAUGGGCUGUCAGAAGACCUGGAUAGCUGUGAAUGUGGGCCAGCCCAAAAAUCAUAGAAUCUCUCACUAAAACAUUAGGGAACGAGAGUAUGUGUGUUCGUUUGUGUGUGUGACUGGGGUUUUUUGUUUGUUUGUUUGUGUCCUUUUUUAAAUUUUAUUUUGUGUUUGACUUCUUAUGACUUAUUUUUAAUGCCAACUGACCAUGUGCUUCUUGAGUA